AAGUGGAACAUCAGAAUGAGAAGAACACAUUAGUAGCUACAAUCCACCUUCUUGAAGGAAAAGAGUACUGAAGAAAGAACACAGCCAUAGAAGUCUUCAGUGAAGAAGUUCUCCAAGAAUCAUUAUGGAGAACUUCUGCAACUCUACUUUUUGGAAUUCCUCAUACCUGAAUACCCCAGAGGCAGACCUGCCACUUUGUUUUGAACAAACUGUUUUGGUGUGGAUUCCACUGGGUUUUCUUUGGCUCCUGGCACCUUGGCAACUUUUCCAUGUAUAUAGAUCCAGAACGAAGAGAUCUUCUAUAACUAAAUUCUACCUUGCUAAGCAGGUACUUGUUGGGUCUCUUCUUAUACUAGCAGCAAUAGAGCUGGCCUUUGUACUCACAGAAGACUCUGGACAAGCCACCAUCCCUCCUGUUAGAUAUACCAAUCCAAUUCUCUACCUGUGCACAUGGCUCCUGGUUUUGCUAGUCCAACACCUCAGGCAGUCAUGCAUACAGAAGAAUUCUUGGUAUUUGUCGCUUUUCUGGAUUCUUUCAGUACUCUGUGGAACUUUCCAAUUUCAGACAAUGCUCCGAGCACUCAUACAGGACAGCAAGUCUAAUAUGGUCUAUUCCUGCCUAUACUUUGUGUCCUAUGGAUUCCAGAUCCUGAUCCUGAUCCUUUCAGCCUUUUCAGAAUCAAGUGAUUCAUCACAUAAUCCUUCAUCCACGGCUUCAUUUCUGAGUAGCAUUGCCUUUAGUUGGUAUGACAGCAUGGUUCUGAAAGGUUACAAGAAAUCUUUGACACUUGAAGAUGUCUGGGAUGUUGAUGAAGAUACUAAAACCACGUCACUAAUGAGAAGGUUUGAAGUAUUCAUGACAAGAGAACUACAGAAGGCCAAGCGAGCCCUCCAAAGGCGGCAGCAGAAGAAUUCCCGGCAGAAAUCUCGAGCCACUCUACCUGGCUUAGACAAGAACCAGAGUCAAAGCCAAGAUGUCCUUGUCCUGGAAGAAGCUAAAAAGAAAAGAAAGAAGUCUGAAACCACUAAAGACUUUCCCAAGUCCUGGCUUGUAAAGGCCCUCUUCAAAACUUUCUACGCUGUGCUCCUGAAAUCAUUCAUAACAAAACUAGUGCAUGAUAUCCUCUUGUUUCUGAGUCCUCAGCUGCUAAAAUUUCUCAUCGCCUUUGUAAGUGACAAAGACACAUAUCCAUGGGUUGGAUAUCUUUGUGCGAUCCUCUUGUUUGCUGUGACUCUCGUUCAAUCUUUCUGCCUUCAGUAUUAUUUUCAAAUGUGUUUCAUGCUGGGAAUGAGUGUACGGACAACCAUCAUGGCUUCUGUAUACAAGAAGACACUGACCCUAUCCAACUUGGCCAGGAAACAGUAUACGGUGGGAGAAACAGUGAACCUGAUGUCUGUGGAUGCCCAGAAGCUCAUGGAUGUGACCAGUUUCAUACACUUGGUGUGGUCAAGUGCUUUGCAGAUUUGUUUAUCCAUCUUCUUUCUGUGGAGAGAGUUGGGACCUUCUGUCUUCGCGGGUGUUGGGGUGAUGAUUCUCCUUGUCCCAGUUAAUGGAAUACUGGCUACCAAGAGCAGAAAUAUUCAGGCCAAAAAUAUGAAGAAUAAAGACAAACGUUUAAAGAUCAUGAACGAGAUACUCAGUGGAAUCAAGAUCCUGAAAUACUUUGCUUGGGAACCUUCAUUCAAAGACCAGGUUUCCAACAUUCGGACAAAAGAACUCAAAAACCUGCUGUCCUUUGGUCAGCUACAGACUAUCAUGAUAUUCCUCUUACAGUUGGCUCCGAUCCUGGUGUGUGUGGUCACAUUCUCUGUCUAUGUUCUGGUGGAUAGCAACAAUAUUUUGGAUGCAGAAAAAGCCUUCACCUCCAUCACCCUCUUUAAUAUCCUGCGCUUUCCCCUGACGAUGCUUCCCAUGGUGAUCUCUGCCAUGCUUCAGGCCAGUGUUUCAGUAGAACGACUAGAGAAGUACUUUGGGGGAGAUGACUUGGAUACAUCUGCCAUUCGACAUGUCUCCAAUUUUGACAAAGCCGUACAGUUUUCAGACGCCUCCUUUACCUGGGACCGAAGCUUGGAAACCACAAUCCGAGAUGUGAACCUGGACAUCAUGCCUGGCCAGUUGGUGGCUGUGGUGGGCACUGUGGGCUCUGGGAAAUCCUCCUUGAUGUCAGCCAUGCUGGGAGAAAUGGAGCAUAUCCAUGGGCAUAUCACUAUCAAAGGCACUAUGGCCUAUGUCCCUCAGCAGUCCUGGAUUCAGAACGGCACCAUAAAGGACAACAUCCUUUUUGGAUCCGAAUUCAAAGAAGAAAGAUACAAGCAAAUUCUGGAGGCCUGUGCUCUUCUCCCAGACUUGGAAAUACUGCCUGGAGGAGACAAGGCUGAAAUUGGAGAGAAGGGUAUAAAUCUCAGUGGGGGUCAGAAGCAACGGAUCAGCCUCGCCAGAGCUGUCUAUCAAAAUUCAGACAUCUACAUUCUAGAUGAUCCUCUGUCAGCUGUGGAUGCUCACGUAGGAAAACAUAUUUUCCAAAAGGUCUUGGGUCCCAAUGGCCUUUUGCAUGGCAAGACUCGGCUCCUGGUUACACAUAGCAUUCACUUUCUUCCCCAAGUGGAUGAGAUUGUGGUUGUAGGAAAUGGCACCAUCUUGGAAAAAGGAUCUUAUAACACUCUGCUGGCCAAUAAAGGAGUAUUUGCUAAGAAUCAGAAGCUUUUCAUGAAACAUUUGAGUCCUGAAGAAGAGGCCACAGUCAAUGACAGUGAGGAAGAAGACAAUGAUGAUGGGCUGAUACCCAGUAUGGAGGAGCUCCCUGAGGAUGCCGCCUCCUUGACCAUGAAAAGAGAGAACAGCCUUCAUCGAACCAUGAGCCGCAGCUCUAGGUCCAGUAGCAGGCGCCUGAAGUCCCUGAAAGACUCCUUGAAAACACGGAAGGCAAAUGGUCCACAGGAGAAGGAAGAAGUAGUGAAAGGACAGAAACUAAUUCAAAAGGAGUUCAUGGAAACUGGAAAGGUGAAGUUCUCCAUCUACCUGAAAUACCUGCAAGCAAUAGGAUCAUGUUCCAUAGUCCUCAUCAUCCUUAUCUAUGUGAUGAAUUCUGUGGCUUUUAUUGGAUCCAAUCUGUGGCUCAGUGCGUGGACUGGUGACUCUGAAACCUUCAAUAGCACCACCUAUCCAUCCUCUCGGAGGGACCUAAGAAUUGGCGUCUAUGCUGCACUGGGAAUAGCACAAGGUCUCAGUGUGCUUGGUGCAAGUAUCUUAAGUGUGUACCGUUGCACCCAUGCGUCAAAAACUUUGCAUGGACAGCUGCUAAGCAAUGUCCUCCGAGCACCCAUGAGUUUCUUUGACACAACACCCACAGGCCGGAUUGUGAACAGGUUUGCUGGUGAUAUUUCCACUGUGGAUGACACCCUCCCUCAGAACAUGCGCAGCUGGACUCUAUGCUUUCUGGGGAUAAUCAGCACCCUUGUCAUGAUCUGCAUGGCCACCCCUGUCUUCGCCAUCAUCAUCAUUCCUCUUGGCAUUAUUUAUGUGUCUGUUCAAGUGUUUUACGUGUCUACUUCUCGCCAGCUGAGACGUUUGGACUCUGUCACCAGGUCCCCACUCUACUCUCACUUCAGUGAGACCGUAUCGGGUUUGCCUGUUAUCCGUGCCUUUGAGCACCAGCAGCGAUUUCUUGCACACAGUGAGAUGAGUAUUGACACCAACCAGAAAUGUGUGUUUUCUUGGAUCAUCGCCAACAGGUGGCUUGCAGUUCGCCUGGAGUUUGUUGGGAAUAUGAUUGUCUUCUGCGCAGGCUUGCUGCUGGUUAUAUAUAAAAGUACCCUAAAGGGAGACACCGUGGGCUUUGUUCUAUCCAAUGCCCUCAAUAUCACACAAACCCUCAACUGGCUAGUGAGGAUGACAUCUGAAAUAGAGACCAACAUCGUUGCUGUUGAACGAAUAACUGAGUACAUUAAUGUGGAAAAUGAGGCACCCUGGGUGACCGAUAUGAGGCCUCCACCAGACUGGCCCAGCAAAGGUGAAAUCCAGUUUACUAACUACCAAGUGCGAUACCGGCCUGAGUUGGAUCUGGUGCUGAAAGGAAUCACUUGUGCCAUCAAGAGCACAGAGAAGGUUGGUGUGGUGGGCAGGACCGGAGCUGGGAAGUCAUCCCUUACAAACUGCCUCUUCAGAAUCUUGGAGGCUGCAGGGGGCCAAAUCACCAUUGAUGGCAUUGAUAUUGCUUCCCUUGGACUCCAUGACCUUCGAGGGAAACUGACCAUCAUCCCUCAGGACCCCAUCCUGUUCUCUGGAAGCCUGAGGAUGAAUCUAGACCCUUUCAACACCUACUCAGAUGAAGAGAUUUGGAAGGUCCUGGAGUUGGCUCAUCUCAAAUCCUUUGUAGCUGGACUGACCCUUGGGUUGUCCCAUGAAGUGGCAGAGGGAGGUGACAAUCUGAGUAUAGGACAGAGGCAGCUCCUGUGCCUGGGCAGGGCUCUGCUUCGGAAAUCCAAGAUUUUGAUCCUGGAUGAGGCCACGGCUGCAGUGGACCUCGAGACAGAUCAGCUCAUUCAGACGACCAUCCAGAAUGAGUUCUCCCAGUGCACCGUCCUCACCAUCGCUCACAGGCUCCACACCAUCAUGGACAGUGACAAGAUAAUGGUCCUAGACAAUGGGAAGAUUGUACAAUAUGGCAGCCCUGAAGAGCUAUUGGCAGACCCUGGCCCCUUUUAUUUUAUGGCCAAGGAAGCUGGUAUUGAAAACGUGACUGACACAGCACUCUAGCAACAAAUCCUGGUUUGAGAAUGACUAUAAGGACCAUUCCUUGUUUAUUUGUGUGUCUAUGUGUGUGUCUAUGUAUGUGUGUAUUAUACAGACAAAAUUAUAUAAAAUUUACUUUUGGGGGAAAAUGGGUCUCAUUGUA